CCGAAAUUUCAAGAACGUCGAAUGUUGGCGACUCGAAGUCGCAGGCAAUAACACAUGCCUCUAUCGAUAAAAUGUCAGAAAAGAAAGUGUCGGAGUACGUGACGCUUGUCUCAUGCGAUGGCUUUGAAUUUAUCAUCCGCCGCUCUGCUGCUUGCAUUGCCAAAACUUUGAAUCGAAUGUUGGACCCCGCAAAUGGAUUCCAAGAGUCGAUAGAGAAUCGAUGCUACCUUGAGUCAAUCAGCGGAGUUUGCCUCGAGAAAGUAUGCGAGUACCUCUACUACCACGAAAAGAACAAAGAUGCACGAGACGUGCCAGACAUGGAGAUCCCUCCCGAGAUAUGCCUUGAGCUAUUGGUGGCGGCAGAUUUUCUUGACGUAUGAAAUAUCAAAGUGUAAAUCCUUGGCCUAAGAAGUGUGUAUGAAAGACUCACGUAAUGACAUGAGACCCUUAUAACGGUAUUGCGGACAUAGAGUAUCUUUAAGAUCAUUCGAGGGGGUUAACUUCGUCGUCAUAGUCGUCUGUUCUGUGGCCGACGGAAAGACAAAACGAAAAGAAUAAAAAGCUGGACAUGUGCUUACUCAUAACAGUGUAUAUUUCGCUGGCGAACGCAUCACGCAGCAUCCUGACCGAUUUCACACACCACCGGAAUACGGUCAUCUAAAGCUGAUGCAAUAUAGAUGUCUUCUUCUGCUCUAUUCAGUCGGUCUACGCCUUGCCCCACGGAGACUGUCUUUAUUCCAGGCAGACACAUCUACAACUUUGCAGGCUGCGAGUUGCCCUGCUUGGGCAGUCUAGUCAUUCCCAAUUUCUUGAAGCCUUCUUCGUAU